AUGAUGGCGCUCACUUGUGCUGCAAUUAAGGGGAGUGAGAAAAUUCUAGACCAGCUGCUUGCUGCCCCUGGUAUUGACGUUAAUGCUGCUAGCAAGAACGGCGCAACAGCGCUCUUGCUUGCUGCAAGUAGGGGCCAGAAAGGGACCGUAAGGAAGCUGCUCGCUGCCCCAAGUAUUAAUGCCAAUGCUGUUAAUACUCCAACCAAGAACGGCGAAAUGCCGCUCUUGUCCGCUGCAAAAUGGGGUUAUGAGGAAGUCAUAGGCCAGCUGCUCGCUGUUCCAGGUAUCAACGUCAAUGCGGUCAAUAAGGACGGACAAACGCCUCUCUUUGUUGCUGCAAGUGAGGGGCACGAUGGGGUUGUAGGCCAGCUGCUUGCUGCCCCUGGUAUCAAUGUCAAUGCUGCGAACAAGGACGGACAAAUGCCACUCUGGCAAGCUCUACAUUGCAGUUAUGAGGCAAUUGUAGCCCAGCUUCUCACUGCCCCUGGUAUUAACGUCAAUGCUGCUGACAAGGAAGGCUUCACGCCACUCUAUAUUGCUGCAUUUAAUGGGAAUGAGGCUAUCAUAGGCCAGCUGCUUGCUUUCCCUGGUAUUGACGUCAAUGCUGCUGACAAGUACGGCCAAGCACCACUCUUGGGUGCAGCAAUUGGGGGGCAUGAUGGGGUCGUUAGGCAGCUGCUCGCUAUCCCUAGUAUUAACGUUAAUGAUAAGAAUGGCCAUAUACCACUCUGGUGUGCUAUAGUUCACGGGCAUGAUGCGAUCAUCAGCCAGCUACUAGCCACCCUUAGCAUUAAAGUCAAUGUUAGGGACAAGUACGGCUCAACACCACUUCACUGGGCUGUAGAUGAAGGGAAUCAGGCAGCCACGCUGCUUGGUGCCCCUAUCAUCGACAUCAAUGCUGCUGAUGAGAUGGGCUCAUCGCCGCUUUGGCAGGCUGCAUAUGCCGGGCAUGAGGCGGUUGUAGGCCAGUUGAUCACUGCCCCCGGCAUCAAUGUCAAUCUACAGACAAGGGCGGCACAACACCGCUCCUCAUGGCUGCAUAUGGGGCAUCAAGAAGUUGUAGCACAGCUGCUUACCGCCCCCAAUAUCGAUAUCAACGCUGCUAACGAUGCCGGAAUGACGCCGCUAUCUACCAUGGUCACGAAGGGAUUGUAA